GUCAGUGCUGGGAUGGCGCUUCCUGGGCCAGGCGCGGCGGCGGGCGGCCCCAGCCGGUGCCGUGGGGCGGCGGGAGCAGCGUCGGCCGCUCGGCGGGCCUCCCCCUCUGCUUAGCCCAGCAUGUCCCGCGGCGGUAGCCGGCGCUGAGCGCGGCGAGCUGCCUCCCCGCUUCCCUCCCUCCCUCUCCCUCCCUUACGCCGCCGUCCCGCCGGGUGGGAGCGACCCCCGCCUGCGCUGCCCGCCCGGUUCCCUCCCCUCCGCGCCGCUGCCCUGCCCGGGCCAGGCGGGAAGAUGGACCCCGGCUCCUCGCUGGGCUUCAGCCUGAAGGACGUGAAGUGGAGCGCGGUGGCCGUCCCUCUGGACCUGCUCGUCAGCACCUACCGCCUCCCGCAGAUCGCCCGGCUGGACAGCGGAGAAACUGUAGAAGGCCUUCGAGAGAGUGAUUACCUCCUGAUUCAUUCGUGUCGGCAGUGGACAACAAUUACAGCUCACAGUCUGGAGGAGGGCCACUACGUCAUAGGGCCAAAGAUAGAAAUCCCUGUACAUUAUGCAGGGCAGUUUAAGCUGCUGGAACAAGACCGAGAUAUUAAGGAGCCAGUGCAGUAUUUUAACAGUGUGGAGGAGGUGGCUAAAGCAUUUCCUGAACGAGUUUACGUCAUGGAGGAAAUAACAUUCAACGUUAAGGUAGCUUCAGGUGAAUGCAAUGAAGACACUGAGGUUUACAACAUUACCCUUAGUACUGGGGAUGAACUCACUUUAAUGGGACAAGCAGAAAUCCUUUAUGCAAAAUCUUCUAAGGAGAAGUCACGACUCAACACCAUCUUCAAAAAAAUUGGUAAACUUAAUUCAAUUAGCAAACUUGGCAGAGGCAAAAUGCCCUGCCUCAUCUGCAUGAACCACAGGACCAAUGAAAGCAUCAGUCUCCCAUUCCAGUGUAAGGGCAAGUUUAGCACCCGCAGCCCAUUGGAGGUACAGAUGCAAGAAGGUGAGCACACAAUUCGUAAUAUAGUAGAAAAAACCCGGCUGCCUGUUAAUGUGACUGUGCCAAGCCCUACGCCGAGAAACCCCUACGACCUGCAUUUCAUCCGCGAAGGGCACAGAUACAAGUUUGUCAACAUUCAGACCAAAACUGUGGUGGUUUGUUGCGUGCUUCGUGGCAACAAAAUUAUUCCCAUGCAUUUUCCCUUGCACUUGACACUUCCAAAAUUUACUCUACCUGACAGUCUUGUGAAGGGGGAGCUGUGGCACGAAUCCCUCAUCCAGCAUUGGUUUAAUAUAUGCCAGGAACAGUUUGACAUAGAUGAGUAUUCCCGGGCCGUGCGCGAUGUGAAAACAGACUGGAAUGAAGACUGCAAGAGCCCAAAGAAGAGCCGGUGCAGCGGGCACACUCACGUGCCCAACUCCCUCAGCUACGCACGGGACGAACUCACGCAGUCCUUCCACCGGCUGUCGGUGUGUGUUUAUGGCAACAAUUUGCAUGGCAAUAGCGAAGUGAACCUCCACGGCUGCAGGGACCUGUGUAACGAGUGGGCACUGUUUUCUCACGAUGCGCUUCAGUACCAGGAUUCUGGUGACAGUAGCAGUGAUUACCUUUUUCCAGAGGUUGGUGAAGAGUCCAUGUUUCUGCCUACGAAACCAGAACUUCCUUACGAAGAGCUGUGGUUGGACCAAGGGUCUGGAAAGCCUGGUGAGCAGCCUCUCACUCGCUCGCUAAGUGAGAAGAACAAAUGUGACAAUUACAGAGGAUCCUUCCGAUCAAAGUGUGGUAGUACAUCUCUUCCUGUGCCUGGGACAGUCGAUGCAGCAACAAAGUCUGCGGAUGUUUCCCUACCUCCACCUCCAGUGCCUCCCAAAUCAGAAGCAGUAAAAGAGGAAUGCAGGCUCCUGAACGCUCCCCCUGUCCCACCACGGAGUUCAAAACCAUCUUCCACUAGUCCUUCCAUCCCUCCUCGCACAGUCAAACCUGCACGACAGCAGACGCGCUCUCCUAGCCCUACUCUGUCCUACUAUUCUUCAGGACUGCACAACAUCAGCGUCACAGAGAGUGACAGCACGAACCCAGCUGAGAGCAGCACAACUGUUUCAUGCUACCCUUGCACCGUGAUGAAAACUGAAUCCAAAGAGCCUGAGAACACAAUGCCUUUUGGAAGCCCCUCAAUUGAAGCUCUGCCUUCCAGAUUAUCUUGGCCGAACCAUUUUUCAGGAGCUAUGGAAGGCCAGAAUAGGAGUGAUUUCCUGCUCGAUCCAAGCAGGAGCUACAGUUACCCCAGACAGAAGACUCCAGGCACGCCAAAGAGGAACUGCCCAGCACCUUUGACUUUUGACUUCGAUGGGUGUGAGCUCCCUGCGGGGUACUCCCAGCUGUCCCCAGCAGAGUUCAACAUCUCCAGCUGCCCGAAGUCAGCAAGUUACUCUCUAGGCAGCACUGAUGAGAAAACUCUGGGAGACAGCAAUGCAAAGCAGAGUCAUUCAUGUCCUGCCUUACCUCCUCGGGCACCAAAGUCAAGCGAAGAGAAACAAGUUACAGACAUGUGUACUUUGCCACUAAAAAUAGAUGGUGCCGAGGAAGAAUCAAAAACGGAUUCUCCAGACCUCCUGGAAGAUCAAUAUCUGGUUAAAAAGGGCAUGCAGGAUACAUUCUCUGUGUCUUAUCCCUUCUCAUCUCCCCUCCACCUCCAGUUAGCGCCAAGGUCUUGUGGGGAUGGCUCUCCCUGGCAGCCACCCACAGACCUUUCUGGACUCUCGAUAGAGGAAGUGUCUAAAUCGCUGAGGUUUAUUGGUCUGUCUGAAGAUGUCAUCUCAUUUUUUGUUACAGAGAAGAUUGAUGGCAAUUUACUGGUUCAGCUAACGGAAGAAAUCCUGUCAGAAGACUUUAAGCUAAGCAAAUUGCAGGUUAAGAAAAUACUACAGUUCAUUAAUGGCUGGCGGCCCAAGAUGUGAUGCUGACAAGUUUUCAGUGGAACUGUAUGAGGUGUGCUAGAGGCACUUCAGCUAAUACAUCACUUCCUGUUUUUUGCACUAAGAGCCCUUCCUGUAAAUAGUAAUAGAAAAAUUCUUAACUAUGCAGAUAGAAGUUUUUGAGUGGUGAACGGUGGGGUUUUUUUUUGUAUGUCAAUAAUAAUGGUAGAGAAUCUGCAGAGGUGUGCCUUGUGCAUCCCUGAAUGUUCAACAGCUGCUAAAAACUGGACACUAAGGGAACUUUCACUCUGUACUCUAUUAAGACUUAGUCAUAUUUAUUACUGAACAAUUUGAUGCUGAAAGACACACACACACGCCAAUCCAGUUUACAGUUUUGAGUUAACUGCAAAAAAAUGUAUUUCUUAUGGGAGUAUUUCUUCAAAUAAUAUUUGACAACAUGCUGUGAUUUUUUUUUUCCUUUUCUGCUAACAGUAAGCAUGGUCAGAGAUAGAAAAACAUGGUUUUGACACUACAUCUGAAAAUGUUAAGAAUUGCUGUGAAGUGCCACUAAUACACUACUCUUGCAGCUUGUUUUUAUUAACAGUGUCUUCAUGACUACCUAUAAUUGUGGGUAUGUUUUCCACCUCACUUUCAGAGAAAAGAGCUUGCUUAGCUUAGUGCCCAAAGGGAAGGGAGAAGGGGGAUUUUCCUACUGAGCCGCUCUGACCUGGCCAACUAAAAGUUUGUGACCUGUAGAUUUCAAAAGUUGCUUUUGUAGUCAGAUAGCUGCAGUCAGUGGCACGACUUCGGGUCAUGCAGCUUUCCUAUGUGAAAUGCAGCUCCCUACACAAACCCUGUCCUCAGUGGCUCCAGCCCCUCACAGCCACAAGGACAGUCUGAGCAGCCUGGUAGCUCAGCCCUUCCAUUUGCCUUGCUCUGCCCUGAGGAAACCCAUUACGUUUCAUCUGUUGUUGUUACCAUCAUCUGAAAAUGUGCUGUGCUAUUCUUGGAGUCAGAUCUGUGUGGGAAGGUGAUAGUACUGCAGGAUGCCUUUGAAAUAAAACUUUGGUGAGGUGCAAAGAACCAGGAGCAGUGCCUGCCACGCAGAUAAGAAGGGGCCCAGUGAGAGUUUGGGCCAUGCCUCAGGAAAUGCUUGUAAUGCUUAAGUUCACCUGUUUCACUUGCAGUGGGCUAGGAAAAUGUGAAUGUCGAAGUGGAAGGGACAGUAGCUUCAUUGAGAUGUGCAAACUCAACUGCCUGGUUACAAAAACUUGCGGCAAUAGAUGCCAGGCAAAAGUAGCAGCAGAAGUGAGCUCAGAGAUGGGAAGAAGGCAUAAGACUGCCCCUGGGCACCUUUUGAAUUAAGUGUGGGAAGUCAGAAGUAGGAUUCAUUAUUGGUAGUCCAUUGCUGAGUUCUUGUCAUUGGCAGAGCUCUAAAAAAUGUCUAAAUAACUCCAAGGUCCCGAGGUUCCCUGCCUUCAUAGUCGUGAAGGAAGGAUUUGUCCUCAGGAAAGCCUGUAGAGCCCAUCCUCAAUGCUGCGUGUCCAGUACCUUCUGGCAGUCAGAGCCAGAGAUGCUGGAGCAGCUUCACCAGCCACAGAGCAGAGCGCUGCCUGGAGUGACCAUCACAGAAUCACACAGUUGCCAGGGUUGGAAGGGGCCUCAAGGAUCAUGAAGCUCCAACUCCCCGCCACAUGCAGGGCCACCAACCUCCCCAUGUAAUACCAGACCAGGCUGCCCAGGGCCCCAUCCAAUCUGGCCUUGAACACCUCCAGGACGGGGCAUCCACAGCCUCUCUGGGCAGCCUGUUCCAGCACCUCACCACUCUCUCGGUAAAGAAUUUCCCCCUGACAUCCAACCUAAACCUUCCCUCUUAAAACACUAAAAUUUCCACUUGUCCUGCAGUUGAAAGGGUUGACAACUGCCUCUCUGUCCUUUCCGAAGGACAAAGAGCAUCUUUCAAGGCACGUCUUGAGAGCAAAAAUGGGAGGCUCGUUUUGCCUUUUUUUCCUCAAAAAAACAGACUCAUUAAAACAAACAUAUUUGCAAAGUUAGCUUUCUGUUGCCUGGGCAAAUUUUAUGUCAUGUUUCCAUACUGAAGCCAAGAUGCAUUGUUUGUCCUGCAAUAAUAGAAACCAUCAGUUUCUAACCAGAGAGUAAGGCCCAACUAAAUGUGGGUACUAGAAGGCAGUGAGCCAAAACAUAUCCCUAUAGAAAAACCCAAGAAUUCAUGAUCUUACUCUUCUGUGUUAAUGUAUUGACUUUUAGAACAGAUCAGUAAUUUCUGAAUGCAUUUUAAUUAGUGUCCUAAAAUAUUUUAACUGCAGUUAAGACUGGAUUAAAUUAGAGUAACGGUCAGAUACGUGUGCUUGUUGGUAGGCACAAGCAAAUUCAAAUCAGCUGUUUUUGACCCUCAUUAUGUCAAAAGAACAUUCAUUUGUUAAACGGGCAAAUUUUAAAUAUCCAAUACCUCUCUUUGUUAUUGCUUGGCUUGUUAAUUGUGGAUGAAAAAGUGCGUGGUCUCUCUCUCCUUGGAACUGCAAUCUUGAGGUUAAAUAUUUCUGCAAGUUGCCAUCCCUGAGAAAAUAGUGUUCUUUGACUACAGAUGGAUAUAUACCAUGUUUCCGUGCUUACCUGCUUGGAAUGUUUUUUGUGUGUGUUUUUUUUUCCUUACAAAGCGAGUGUGAUGGAAUCUGCAUUCAUAAGUUUGCUGCAUUAACAUCAUGUAUGCAUAGACCAGAAUAGAACUGGCCUGUAGAAAGGUGCAGAAAUGUGCAGUGAUUUCAGAAGCAGAUCUUAUGUACAAAAGUACAGCUAAAACCUCUUAAUUGCAAACUUGCUACUGAUGUCCUGCCAGUUGUCUUAUUCUAGCUUAGCACUGCUUACUUAUUUUCAUGCAUAAUAUGUUAGCAUUUGACCUUUACUGUAGCCCAGAGCAGCCCAUCACCUUCACUUUCCAAACCUUUUAUAGCAAUUCAUGCAUUGCUAACCUUUGUGUAAAUAAGAGGACUGCAGGAUCGAGCCACUGUGUGCAUGCCCAAGCAGAGUAGAAGUGUCUGUGCUGGUGAAAUCAGGAGAGCAAAUUGCAAAUUGUACAGCUGGGGUGUCAUGACUUGCUUGAACUUAGAUGUAGCAGCCAGCAUAGGGCAGUGCUGAUGCCCACAGAAUCUCAUUUCCUCCUGAGCUGGUUCGUUGGCCUUGUGUUGUUUGCAGCAGGUAUGCUUUGUGUGUUUAAAGGUGUGGUAUGAUUUAGGAGACAUUUAAUGACUCAUGCACAUGUGCAUGUUGCUGAUGUGUUUUUGAGCUUAAAUAGGAUGCAGACUAGUGUUAGCCAGAUUUGUUGAAUACCACUGAGUUUCAUGAUGGUAUUAAAGACUCCAGUUUGUCAUUGGCAAGAGGUACUAGCUCCUUUCCUCACCACUCACUGCUUUCUAACUGGCCCCAAGGUCUAACUGUGCAUUCACUUACGUCUGUACUGGGAACCUGAGCAGUGCUGGAAUCUGGGCCCCUUGAGCUGUGCUCUUGGCCUGGGCACAUGUAUGGCUCUGGUGCAGGCCUAGCUCUGAGGAAGCAGUGACUGUUCCCAGGAAGUAAGGUGGGUGAAGUCGAGCCAUCAUCUGGGGGGCAGCAGAGUUGGUCUCUUGGUCUGGACUUUGACCAGGCUGAUGUGAGGUGUGCUGGGAUCCAAGAUUGAGUUCUGGUCCAUUUUAUCUGCUAAUAGCAAGGGAGUUAUUGAAUGCAGAGAUUGCAUGUCAUGUCAGAGGGGGCCUAAAGUAAAACUUUUUGGAGAUGCUUUGCUAAUAUUGGCCAGUCCUAACUUUGGGUUUCCUUUCUCCUAUUAUUUAAGCUCAAGGCCUCUGAUGCUUAUUUAGCUAGUAGAGUCUGCAGUAGUGUGCUACUAAGUUGGGGAUCUUGUUUGUCUAGGGAUUUUGGCAGCAAAAAUUCUGGCCUCUCAUUAUGUAUGGAAUUGUCUCUUGACUCUGCACUGGGAAAUUCAUCCUUUCUAUGCAGUAUUCAUGUGGCAAAGCAUUGAUGCUGCCUUCAGCUGUGAAAAUUUCAGUCUAGCACAGGUGCUUCUCCAGAACGGAAACAGAAUUGGCAAGAGGAGGGAUUGGAGAAAGCUUGAGAGGAAAUGCUGCUUUCCUUUAAACACUCGUUGUGCCUAGGAUUGAGAUUCUUCAUCGUAGAAUCACAGAAUGGAUUAGGUUGGAGUGAAACCUUAAAGAUCACCUAGUUCCAACCCUGCUGCCAUGGGCAGGGCUGCCACCCAUCAGCUCAGCUGCCCGGGUCCUCCUUCCAACCUGGCCUUGAGCAUCUCAAGGGAUGGAGCAUCUGCAGCCUCUCUGGGCAACGUGUUCCAGUGUCCCUCUGAGUAAAGAACUCUUCCCAUCAGCUAGCCUAAAUCUCCUGUCUUUUAGUUUAAAGCCAUUAUCUCUUGUCCUAUCACUGUCAGACCGUGUAAAAAUUUGUUCCCCUCCUGCUUGUAAGCACCUGUCAGGUACUGGAAGGCUGCAAUGAGGUCUCCCUGGAGCCUUCUCCAAGCUGAACAAGCCCAACUCUCUCAACCUUUGUUCAUAGGAGAGUUGCUUCAGCCCUCUGAUCAUCUUGUGGCAACACUCUGGACCCACUGCAACAGUUUUGCAUUCUUCUUGUGCUGGAGGCUCUGGGCCUGGACAUACUACUUCAGGUGGGGCCUCACAAGGGCAGACAGAGGGAGACAAUCCCCUCCUCUCCCUGCUGGCCACCCCUCUUUUGAUGGAGCCCAGGAUACCGUUGUUCUGGGCUGCAAGAGCUCACUGCGAGCUCAUGUCCAGCUUUUCAUCCACCAGGAUGCCCAAGCCCUCUGCAGGGCUGAGACCUUCCCCACAGGGCUUCUUUGCAGCUUUGUAUUGCUGCCUGGCUGGCUAACCAAAGUUGUAUUGAAAUCAACUGAAAAUGCAUAUUUGCCUUCUUGUUGUAUUGUAAAAAUUGCCCACAGCUAGAAAUUUGGAGACAGAAAGCAUUUGGUCCCUCCAAAUUUACAAGGAAAAUGUGUUUUGAAGUGUUCUUGCCGCUAGAAGCAUGGGUUUGAAGUAAAUCUGCAUCAUGCUUUUUUUUUUUUUCCCAAUACAACAGUUUUAUUUGCCACUUUAGCUGACUUCAUUCCACAACAGCUUCAAGAAAAAAAACAGUGUAAAUAGCAAUACAGUUUCAAAAACAGCAUACUUCCAAUCUGUCUGUAAAUACUUGAAGUGUUUUCUCCUGUUUUCUUCUUGAACUGACUCCUGGAGUUGCCUCCCUGCUCCAUAAAGCGUGCUGGCACCAAGCAGUUGUAUGCAGGGGCCAGGGGCCAGACUGCCUCAAACCAGGUCAGGGUGAGGGCUGAGCACGCUCCCCUGCCUCGUCUCCUCGAUGUCCAAAAUCUGCAGUGCAACCGUGUGCAGAAUGGAAGGUAGGAAUGAAAAGGUAAUCGCAGCGAUGCUUUUAGUUGCGCUGUUAGGGGCAUCGGGGCAGUAUGGAAAUUCAGGCUCCUUGUUGAGACCUAGCAAUAAAUGAUUCUUUGUUUGUUAUGUCUUAAACUCCUGUUCAUCCAGGAGUUGCUCAGAUUUUACCAUUUCUGUGCAUAAUAACCAAAUUCUCAGAGCGAAAAUCUACAGAGUGAUUCUCUUGACUUGGACAAUCUCCUGAAGUAUGUUAAAAGUAAUGUUAGUUCUUAGCUCUUUAGAUUCACUUUGGGUAGGUCAAAAGAAGUAACAUUUGGGGAAAAGAAAAAAGAAGAAGAAAAAAGAACUCUCAAACUUCAGCUUAGUGCAUUUCCGUUACGAAACGAAGCAUGGUUUUGUGGAAACUCUGUGCUCUUCUGGGCGUUUGUGUAAGAGGCUGAAGGCGGGUUGUUAUUUAAACCAGGUGCAAAUAAAUUUCCUUUUAAUGUAUAUGAACAAAUCUAAACUGCGUAUUGUAAGUAUAUAAACUGUAUAUUAAAGACACUAUUUUCAUGAUA